AUGAAUCUUAUGGAUAUGCUCUCGGCGGAUCCUCCGUCUUCAUUAUACUCCCCUCAGAUGAAUGGUGUUGACACUGCAUACGAGGAUCUGAAGCCGCGUGACCCAUUUGCUGUCAGUGAUGAGGUUUUGCCAGACAAUGCCGUAUGCUAUUUACCUACACUUUUAACCAGAUUCCAGCAAUCAGUCGUGGAUCUUCUAUUACAUUUGUUCAGCUCAGAGUUGUUAAAUGAAGUAAAGUCGAAGCGUUUACGUACCAGUAUAGACAGUUUAUUGGAGUCUGCACCCACCACCAAAGAGAACGGCUUGAACACAUACGAAAAGAUUUCCUUGCUUUAUGAGCAGUUGAUGAAAGUCAACUGCAAUCCGUCGUUAUUAGUCGAUCACUUCAUUCCUAAAAAGAUAUUACUAGUGGAAACAAAUGAGCGCCAAACCAACUUAUCUGGGAAAUCUCAACUUUUCAAUAGAAUAGUGGAUUCCUUAAUAGACACGAAACGUUACCCAGAAGGAUUUUACAUGCUAGUAGUGGCCGGCAGUGUUAAGGAAUUGGAACUUAUCGAAGGAUUAAUUCUUGGGAAAAGAUUAUACUAUGAAAACUACAGUAGUGCUAAAUUAUAUGACGACAAGCGUCCAAUCCCCAAUUUAAAAGCCGCCAUAAACCCCGAGUCUAAGUUAUGCUUGAACUUGAUCACAUCACAGCAAUUGUAUAAUAACUACUUGUCGGCAAGCAGCACUAAAAGCGUCGAUUACAACAUGAUUUUUUCGUUUGAUGCUGAACUUGAUGUCGACAUUCCCAGCAUUCAAAUUUUGAGACCUAAUCCGCAGGAAUGUCCUAUAUUCAUUCCCGUGCCAAUUUAUUCUAUUGAGCAUAUUGCUCAACAAUUUCCUAAACCUACAUCAUCGUUAAAUUUUUCAAACGAUACUUCCGACCCAAUGUAUAAGCACAAGCUUAAAGUGAUAAAAGCGUUGGUUGUAAACAAGUUUCAUGUUCGUGAAAUUGAUGGGGCCAAUUUCUUUGUUGAUAAUUAUGGCAGUAAAAUGGAGAAAUUUAAACUGUGGUUGGAGAAAUCAACAGUAGAAAAUCCAAUAAAGAAGUACACGGAAAAAGUAGCACUUACGUUCACCGAUGAUAAGUUAAUUAAAAAGUUGAAUAUUUGCUUUACCGAGAGUAUAAACGGCGGAUUUGACCUGCUUGGUGAUUUUGACUACAAGAGUUAUCGAUCACAAAUUGCCGAGGCAUUACAUGGGAAGCUUUUCCAGAUUGAAGAAACAAUAGCAGAAUUGAACAAUAAUGUUAUUCCCGAGAAGCGGAAGUAUGAAAGUUCACGUCAGUCACAUUACGAUGACGAUGAAGAUCUUAUAUCGAGUGGGUAUCGAAAAUUACGAAAGUUGAGUGACGAAGCCACUGUUCAAGAAAAAACCUUGUGUCGAAUUGAACUGGAUUUAGUAAAAGUUGAAGAAAUACAAACCGAAAAACAAAGGAGGUUAGACAAGUUAAAAGAGCACACUGAUCAUGUCCACACCGAAGAAGAUUUGCAAAAGCAGAAAGCCUCACUCGAAGAGCUUCAUCAGGAAUUGGCGAAGAUGACUGAAGAAUUUGAUAAAUUGAAUCAAGAAUGCGAAACACUCAGGCUGUCUUAUCAAAUGAGUUCUGCUACUGCCGUCCAACUUUCAAGUAUGCUUGCCCAACUUAAGGAAAAAGAUAGUGAACUAAACAAGAAAGUAAACGGCCAAGGAUUAACUUCCUUACCUGCAUUAAUGAAGAAAGAUGCUUUACUAAACUACGAAUCUCAAUUGAAUAGAAUACAAAAGGAGAACCAAUUCAUGUCGGGACUUUUCAAUGAGAAGAUUGAUAAAUUGUACAAGGAACGACAAGUAGUUAUGGAGACAUCCAAUUCUGGUUCCAGCAGCCGACCAAGCAAUCGAGUUAGUAGAUCUUCUACACCACUUUAA